AUGAGUCUGGGUGAUGGAUCGAGCGGUCAACUGAAGCUACCCUGCGAUCUCUACGACUUGGAGUCAGAAUUGAAGCUUGCAGUGAAGCUGGAGGAUUAUGGGAAAGCAGCAAAGGUACGAGACGAGCUGAAGAAGGCGAGGGAAGGAGAUGAAGUAGCGAAGCUCCUGCUUGAGCUGGGUGAGUCUGUCAACAAGCAAGACUUCGACAAGGCCUCGGCCAUCAAGCAGAAGCUCUCCGACGCGGUGUCCUCCCGUUCCCUCGGAGUGAUGGAGAAGAGGAGAAGCGCGCGAGUCAACCGCCUGCUCGUCAUGACACGUGAGGGAAAGCUGCUCACCUGCCGUCCUGACGGAGGAAGCAUCGUCCCCGUCGGCAACAGCAUGGACAAGGCCCAGUUCCUUCAGCCAACGUGGAGUCCUGGAGGCGACCUCAUAGUAGCCGCCAAGAUCGAGAUUCCACCGGAUGGAAAGCCCUUGAAGAUCAAAGAGAGUGUGAUCGAGAUCUUUUGGGCCCUCGAUGGGACAAAGCUGGUUGAAGUCUCGGCCCCCUUCAUUCCUUUCUAUUACUUCUGGCUGCCGGACUCGAGGGGUUUGGUCUACCUCACGACAUAUGCGGACGGUCCCGCGCAGGCGGGCUGGCAAGUGUCCAUGGACAUCCUUCGAGUGUUUGCAGGCGACGAGCGAGGGCUGCUUCCUAGUGGAUCUAUCAUGCACCUGGAAGAAGGUGCUCCUCUCUUCGUCUGCCCCUCCCCGCGAGACAAAAGGAUCCUCAUGCACAUUGGGAACAAGCAGAAGGUUGCUGUGAUCGAGCCGCUCUCUCUUGAUGGGCAGGAAGUGAUCUUGUCCUCGCGCCCUGGUGCUUUCAGGUGCCCUCAAUGGUUUCCCAUCAAAGGAGAGAACGGCGAGGAGCUCGUGGCGUUCGUCGAGAGGUCCAACACAGGGGACUCGCAGUUUGUGGUUGUCGCGGAUGCAAACAAAGGAGAGAGCAAGAAAGCGAGACGAGUGCUGACAGAAAUCGAAGGGUUCGCUACCAUCACAGUGAGUCCGGACGGGCAGAGAAUGGCGCUGCUGGCCCGGUUGAAGAGAAACCUUGCGGUGAGAGAAUGA